UCCCUCAUCAGCAAACUUUGACAUGCUAAGUCAAGACAAAAUGGAUGGGAAACCGCCCGGAAAACUUCAGUCAGCUGAUCUGUUGCCGGGGAAUUCAGGUAACUCUAAUUCAGAUACAAAUCCAGAUAUCUUGUUUCAGAAGCAUUACUCUAAAGAGCUGAAGGUUAAUGAGGAUGAGAUCCCCUUUGUCCUUGCUGAAUUCACUGAAAAUUCACUCAGAUUUAUUAAAAAGGAGCAGUAUGAAAAGGCUCUGAUUUUACUACAGAAAGCACAUGGAAUCAUUAAUGUUAUUUCCAUUGAAGGAUGUACAAGAGAUAAAUAUUUCGGCUAUGUUAUUUUCGUCAAUAUGGCUGUAUGAUUUCAGAAAUUAGGAAGUCUGGAAGAGUGAUCCAUUGCACUCGAAAAUUCCCUCAGUUACUUAGACAAAUAUACAUCUCUUACAAACCAAACUAUUGCAAAAAGAAUGAAACUAAUGCAACAAGAAGCCCGUAUUAGAAUCCAACUCUGUGCUCUCUUCUCCCAACUCCACCACCACACAGAUGCUUUAGAACAAGCAAAGAUGAGCACCCGUCUAAUCCACGGUCUAGUCAAAGACCUCCUCGCUCUCUGCGACUACUACACCAAAAAGAAGUUCAUCCAGGACAAGACCACCACCUACUCCGACUCUCCCCUUCCCCAAUCCCACCCAAAACAGAACAGAUCCUACCUAGACCACACCUCCCACAACCUAUUCUCCACCAGUGAAGACAAGGAGCAACACAGAGGGUCUCGGAGACCCUCUGUGUCUCCUUAUCGCCAAGCUGUUGUGCAUAACUACGUUGAGGAAGACCUGUCGCUUAUUGAGAGGACUGCCCAAAGAGUAAAACCUAUUAUUGAAGCACUGAAGAAGUGACUGGUCACGGAGAAGGAAAUAAGUGGGAAAGGAAAAUAAUGAGGUUUUAGUGUCGAUAGAGGAUGUUGAGGAUGUUGAGGAAGAUAUUGUGAUAGAAGAGAAGAGAGAGAAUAAACAAGAAAAAGAAAAGAAAGAGAAAAAGAUGAUAGAACCUGAUAUGAGAAUUGUGCUGGGAUAUCUCAAUCAGCUGGAAAUGGUUUCUAAUCUGAAUAUUGGUAAUAUUAUGCAAAUUCAACCUGUGAAGAUUGAAGAUCUUUUGUCUAUUCCAAGGAAUGAGACUGAGUUCAAUAGAACUUCUUUUAUUGAAAAGAUAUCAUUACUUUGAGUGACAUAUUUCUGUAUCUCCACAGAGAUCAGAUUUAUCCUUCAGUUAAGAGAAGAUGAAGAAUAUGACGAAAAAGAAAAGAGUGAAGAGUCUGAAUAUUGGCAUUCUAAAUCUCUUGAAAUAGCUUGAACAUUCCUUCCAAGUGACUGACCUCUUUUAAAUCAUAUCUUGCUCAGCUAUCAAAAACAUCAUUCCCCUUGACAGCAAACUAUCCCUGAGGAUAAUGAAAAUGAGCUCAGUUUGCACAUAGUAAAGCCUCUGAAAGGAAUCGAAAUUUCAAAAUUUAAACCCAUUAUACGAAAACUAAAAUCUGAGCACAUUCAAUUAACACCUCCUAGCUUCUCACCUGCUGACACAAUUACCAACCAGCUUGUGUUAUCUUACCAAGCUUACAACACCUACGGCCUUAACAAUCCUUCCCAAGAGAACCCAAAUUACAGCAGCACCAAAGAGAAAUCCAGAAACACCGGUACCACUCGCUACAGAUCCACCUCUAACAACAAACCUACAGAUGAAGAAUCUUUCCGUUCUGCUCACUCCAAAUCCCUUAUAAACUCAAACAACAGUUUUUCUAAAAAGAACUCCUUGGGUAAUCCUUCAGACCGGAAGAUCAUCGAUAAGCUGCUGGCUUACAUCAUGAAGGACAAAAAUCUGACAGAUAAAGAUAAGCUACUAGAAGCCCUAACUUCUGAUGAUUUUGACCUUGAGAAUUCAUUCAAGAAUUACUCCAAAAAUAUAAGAGAAAAGGAUAAAGAUUCCUUACUCAUGGACUCAAUGCUGAACAACCAGCAUUCGACUAGUUAUAAGGAGAUUCAGCCUGAAGAUUUUAUGGCAGCAGGGUUUCAGAACAAGAACUCUAGCAAAGUCAAUAUGACAGAGAACAUCAUUGCAAGUAAACACCUUUUUCAGAAUAAGAAGAAAGCUAAAGAAAAGAAACUGUUGAAUAAACUUAUUGAUAGAUCUUCCUCUAGCCAGAAGAAAAAAAGACCUAAGAGCUCUAAAGGAAUCAGGGUAUGCCCUAAUAAGAUUAAUUCAAUUACAAAUACUGAGCAGAGUAAGCCAAGGAGAAGAACAGGCAACAAUGUGAGCUCUCAUUUUGGAUUCAAUAAAGCUAAACCAAGACAAAAUUACAAAAAGAAGGGCAAUUUAGUUGGUCUGAAACCCCAAUCAAGUAAAGAUUCGAGGAACAUAAAAUCCAUUCAUAACAUGAAAUCUCCCAAAGAUGCUCAGAUUGAUUUCAAGGCGUUAUUUCAAAAGAACCUGUAUGAAAUCUGCAACAAAUUUGACGCAAAGAAAUUAUUCGCUAAAAAGAGCCAAGUAGUAAUCCCAAACACUAAGAGUUCAAAAGUAACUAAAUCCCGCAACACAAGGAAGCAACUAGCAGGAGUCAAAUCUUUAGGCUCAGAUUUGAACAACUACUCUCAAUUCAGAUCCCAAAACCUCAAAGAAAACUGCGAAAAACGAUCUCGAAAAUCUAGACCCAAAAAACCCAAGCAUACCAAAAACCCUGAACUAAACUUCAAAUACCCUCACAGCCUACUUGAAAAUCUGCCGAACCCCCACCCCCACUUACAGCCCGCGUCCCUGCACUACUCAAAACCUCUUCACAACAUCUCUAUCACAACGAAGGCUGGCCAGAAGCUUUCGCACAGUAAAACUUUCAUGGCUGAUUUCCCGAAGAAAGGUCAGCCCAAGAAGUUGGUGCAUCAGAAUUAUAAGGAAAUGAGAAAGAUGUUAGGGAAGGAGUAGGGAGAUUGGAAAAGGGUUUGGAGAGAGGGAAUUUGGAAAGUAAUUAUCUUAUUUCAAC